AUGACACUCAAGAAGAGAUUGGGUGGAUUUUCGCCUACGGCUACUGGAAGAGACAGCUUUUCCAAAAAGAGGAAAGAAAACAAAGAAAGGGAAGGAAUCCAUGAGAUUGAACCAACCAAUGAACGGAAAGCUUCAAAAAGUAAAGACAAGAAGGAUCCCGAAGGAGUUGAGAACAAAUUUGAUGAAUUUUUCACAACUAGGAAAUUCAUUUUCUUAUUUGGUAUAAUUCUGGGUAUCGUUUGUGCAGGUUAUUUUGGAUCGAAAACUGUGAUGGAAGCAGACUUUUUCUCCGAUGCUGAUGAUGCGAAAAGCAUAUUCAAUAGUCCAUAUUGGCAGGAUUGGAAAGAGAUGUUGCCAACAGGAUUGAAGUCAGUUCUUGAUGAGACUGAAAAUGAUCAAUAUCCGGAUACUAGUGCAUCAUUUGCAAUCGGAGAGCUGGUGAAAAGGAAAGGCUUUGGAUCCAAGCACAAUGUUGUUAUCAUUCCUGGCACCACUAGCACCGGUAUAGAAAGUUGGGGUAUCGACAGUAUCGAUGGUUGUCCAGGUAAGUCGUACUUUAGAAAGAGAUUAUGGGGCUCCUUUUUUAUGGUCAAAACAAUGGUAUUGGACAAGACUUGCUGGUUGAAAUAUAUUAAAUUGGAUCCCAAAACGGGAUUGGAUCCGCCUGGAGUAAAAUUACGUGCUGCUCAGGGUUUUGAGGCUUCGGACUUCUUUAUCACAGGAUAUUGGAUUUGGAAUAAAAUCUUACAAAACUUAGGUGCCAUUGGAUAUGGACCAGAUAACAUGAUCACUGCAUCCUACGACUGGAGACUUGCAUAUCUCGACUUAGAGAUUCGUGACGGAUACUUUUCACGUCUGAAAUCGAGCAUAGAGACUAUGAAUAAGUUGAAUGGUAAUAAAACGGUAUUAUUUGGUCAUUCCAUGGGAGCACAAGUUAUCUUCUACUUUUUGAAAUGGGUCGAAGCAUCAGGACAAAAUUUUGGAAAUGGAGGCAAACAUUGGGUUAAUGACAACAUUGAAGCUUUUGUGGAUAUAUCCGGAUGCUUAUUGGGUACACCAAAGGCUAUUGUGGCUUUGCUUUCCGGUGAAUUUAAGGAAACAAUUGAGUUACGUGGUCUGGCAAUGAGAGCUUUAGAAACAUUCUUUUCAAGAGGAGAGAGGGUGGAUAUGCUUCGAAGUUGGGGUGGAAUCUUGAGUAUGCUACCUAUAGGGGGUGAUAUGAUAUGGGGAAAUCUAAGCAGUGCUCCAGACGAUGUACUUUUACCUGCAGGAAUAAGUGUGAACGGUAGCUUGGGUAACUUUAUCAGAUUUGCCAAUGCGAAAGGUAAAUAUUCACAGAAGAAUCUGACCGUCGAUGGUGCGGUGGAUUUCCUUUUGGACCAAGGAACAACCGACUUCAGAAGAAGAUACAAGGAAAACUAUUCCAGAGGCCACUCUAAAAAUGCUGCUGAAAUGAAGAAAAAUGAGAAGAUCUCCAGCAAAUGGAUCAAUCCACUAGAAGUGCCUUUACCGAAUGCGCCGGACAUGAAAGUUUUCUGUUUUUAUGGUGUUGGAAAUCCUACUGAGCGUGCAUACUAUUACAAGGAAGAACCGGACAAGAAGAUCUCAAACCUGAAUGUUUCUGCAGAUAUGGAAAGAGAUCAAUCAGUUUUGGUUGGCGAAGGUGAUGGUACAGUCUCGAUCAUGACACAUUACAUGUGCCACAAAUGGGCACAAGGAAAGAGCAUGUAUAACCCUGGCGGCUCUAAUGUGACUAUUGUGGAAAUCAAACACGAGCCGGAAAGAUUCGACAUUAGAGGUGGUGCAAAAACUGCUGAACAUGUUGAUAUUCUUGGUUCAUCAGCAUUGAACGAACUUUUACUUCAGGUUGCGAGCGGCCACGGUGAUGAGAUUCCAAGCAACUACAUAACACAUCUCAGGGAAAUGGUUGAAUCUAUCGAUCCAACACAGGAAUAA